AUGGUUACCAAUGACCAAAAUGUGGAUGGACCUCAGCGUCAUCAACACGGGUCCUUGUCAGGACCGGCCCUGAGCAUCGUCUCAUCCAACAUUGAAGGUCUCACAGGCGCCAAGCAAGAUCUUCUGGCUGAACUUUGUGUGCAGAAUAACUGUGACAUCCUCUGCCUCCAGGAAACCCACCGAGGGCCUGCACGUAACCGCCCACGUAUUCCUGGUAUGACGCUGAUAAUAGAGAGACCUCACGACCAGUAUGGCAGUGCCAUCUUUGUGCGUAGCGGACUUACAGUGGAUAAGUUCUCUCUUUCAGAGACUGACAACAUUGAAGCCCUUUCUAUCUGCCUCAUGGGGAUUUCUGUUAGCUCAGUCUAUAAACCGCCAAACGAGACAUUCAACCUACCCAAUGCACCUACAGAUGGCCGUGUAAAUGUGGCUAUUGGGGACUUCAACAGCCAUAACGUCGCUUGGGGAUAUGGAGAAACGAACGAAGAUGGUGAAAACUGUGAGAAGGUUGUGCUGAACCCCAUCCCCCACACCCAACAUCGACCAAUCGGACUCAAAGUGAACGCCGUCAUCACUCAAAGAACAGUCCCCUUCCGCAAGCGCUUCAACUUGAGGAAGGCAAACUGGGAAAAGUUUGCGAAGGACCUUGACUCCUACAUCCAAGACCUGCCAGCCCUCCCGACCCACUACGACACCUUCGUAGAGCUGACCAAAAAAUCGUCAAGGGAAAACAUCCCCCGAGGCUGCCGCACCAGCUACACCCCAGGUCUGACAGAUGACUCCAAAGUGCUGUACAAUGACUACGAAAAACACUUUCAGGUCGACCCUUUUAGUGCUGAUACUCUUGAAUGUGGUGAGAAUCUGACCAAAGCCAUUACAGAAAGCAGACGGAGGAGAUGGCAAGAGUUUAUCCAGUCCACAGAUAUGACUCAUAACAGCAGGAAAGCGUGGAAAACAGUUCGGGUUUUUGGAAACGAUCUCACAAAGACUCAACCUAGGCCGCAAGUUACUGCCGACCAGGUAGCCCACCAACUCCUUGUGAACAGCCAGGGCAACCCAGACCACCAUCCGAGAAGAGCCAAGCUCCCAAAGACUGCUGACACUUCAGAGUUCACAAGACCCUUCUGCAUGAGUGACCUAUGCAGUGCUAUCAAAGCCAUGAAGAGUAACAAAGCAGCCGGACUUGACGACAUCCUCUGCGAGCAGAUAAAACAGCUUGGACCUGCUGCGCUUCAGUGGCUGCUUGACAUGUACAAUGACUGUAUGAGUACCAACAACAUCCCUAAGGCAUGGAGGAAAGCCAGAACUAUUGCUCUACUCAAGCCCGGCAAAGACCCAGCCAGCCCUAGGAGCUACAGGCCCAUCUCGCUCUUAUGCCAGACUUACAAGCUGUUUGAAAGACUCAUACUCAACCGGAUCGCCCCCUUUGUGGACGAGUGCCUUAUCCCCCAGCAGGCAGGCUUCAGACCAGGAAAGUCCUGCACGAGCCAACUUCUGAACCUCACGCAGUUCAUCGAAGAUGGGUACGAGGAAGGCCUGAUCACUGGAGCCGCCUUUGUUGAUCUCUCUGCGGCAUACGAUACAGUGAACCACAGAAUCCUCACCAGCAAGAUCUUUGAGAUGACAGGGGAUGUGAGGCUGACAGAAUUGAUCCAGAAUUUGCUAUCAAACAGGCGCUUCUUUGUGGAUCUAAACGGCAACCGUAGCAGAUGGCGCAGACAGAAGAACGGCCUCCCGCAAGGAAGCUUCCUUGCCCCUCUGCUAUUCAACAUCUACACCAAUGACCAGCCAUUACACCCCAAUACCAGAAGCUUCCUGUACGCCGAUGACCUGUGCAUAGCCACUCAGAAGCACUCGUUCGAGGAGGUGGAAAGGCCUCUCAGUGAUGCACUUGCAGAUCUUACUCCGUACUACGCUGCCAACCAUCUAAGGGCCAAUCCUGAGAAAACCCAGAUCAGUGCCUUCCACCUGAAGAAUCGAGACGCUCAACGAACACUGAGAGUAAGAUGGCAUGGGAGACUUCUUACACACUCUCACAAGCCCAUCUACCUAGGCGUCACCCUAGACCGCUCCCUCACAUACAAGGACCACAUUGCCAAAACUAAAGCAAAAGCUGGAGCCAGAAACAACAUCUUGAGGAAGUUGGCAAACACCAGUUGGGGAACAGACGCCAGAACCAUUCGUACAACAGCCCUUGCUCUGUCAUUCUCUGUUGCUGAAUAUGCGUCCCCAGUCUGGAGCAGAUCAUCGCAUGCUGCUAAACUCGACCCAGUUCUGAACACUGCUUGUAGAGCCAUUUCUGGAUACCUAAAACCGACAAGAGUAGACGAUCUGUACCUGUUGUGUGGAAUUGCUCCCCCAUAUAUCAGACGGGCAGUCGCAUCACAGAUGGAGAAGCGUAAGCAGGAGAAUGACCCCUUACACCCUCUCUUCGAGCACAAACCAGCCAAAAAGAGACUGAAAUCAAGGCACAGCUUCCUUCACAGCAGCAGUACUCGGGGGAAAUGCAGCGUUUGUUCGAGCAUGAAUGGCUUCAAACUCACUAUAGCAAACUCACUCACCCCUGAUCCCACUCUGGUGGUUCCCUUUGAUCGGGUUUGUUUUCAGCAGAUCCAGUCGGUGUUCGACCAAUCCAAACUGUGUUACCGUCUGCGUUUCCCGAGUCUGUACUCCUUACCAGUGGAUGACACGACCCUUACUUCACCAUAA